AUGAACCUCAACCGCAUCAAGAAUGCUCUAAAGACGUCCUUACAGAGCUGUAGUUGUUUCGCAUGGAAUCGCGACGGUCCGCCGCUUGAACCGGUACUGGAGGCACAAGUCGACAGUCCUCCCUGGCCACCCCAAGCGAUCCUCGACGACCGUGUCGCCUACAUGUCACAGAUUCGAGCCAGGCCGCCCCGAGCAAUCAAAGGCACAGAUCGAGACUCUCCCCUCAACUGCCUGUAUCGUCUCUAUGAGCGGCUCGUGCUGGACGACAYCAUUGGCUAUCGCAACGAGAUUGAAUACUUCUGGCGUCGUAGAGCAUGGCCUGUCGCUGGAAUUCCGGAUCCCGAGGACUCGGAUCCGUAUCGCUAUGCGUUCAUGGCUGCCAUUCCUGAUCUACUCAUUCGGGCUUUCAACAGCAACAUUAAGAUCGGUCUGGCAAGAUAUACGCCUGCCAUCAUAAGUCCAGAGCGAGCGGAAGAACUGCGCAACACACCUGAAAGCGCCAAAGUCUAUGAGAGCGUACCUUCCUGGACCUCUCGCGUAGAGCCCGUGAAAAGGAUGUUGACAAUACCGAUGGUCGAUGGACCUGACCUGGUCAACCCCAUGGACACAGAACUGGAUCCGACAUUCUUGAGGUUUAAUAUACGAAUUGGUGUCCCUCAUGUCCUCUUCACCUGA